CCAUGGCAAAUUGUACUGGUAAUUGUAUCUCUUUUAUCGAGGAAAGAUCCGGAAAUGCAAGCGACACCUUUACGGGGUGAAAAAAAGGAGUUGGAGUGAAACAUCAGUGCACAGAAUUUUAAAUACCAGUAUAUGCAUUAAAACAGUUUUUAAUCGCAAAGGCUGAAGUGUGGGAAAAGAUGAAUUCAUUACGAUCCAAUCACAGCAAGAGCGGUACUCCAUCACUCCUUGGACCAAAUCCCAUGUAUAUGAAAAAUUCUUCAGGAAUGGAUCUGUCACAGGCAUCCCCUCUUCUGCAGAAUCCUCAACCUUCAUCAGUAGGACAGAAGCAGCGUGUGUUCACAGGUGUAGUGUCAAAAAUGCACGACUGUUAUGGCAUAGUGGAUGAGGACGUAUUUUUUCAAUUGAGUGUAGUAAAGGGCCGACUACCACAAGUUGGAGAGAAGGUUCUGGUCCAGGCUAUUUAUUACCCCACUCAGACCUCAAAGUGGAAUGCUCAAAAAGUUCAAGUCCUUAAUAACCAGCCUCUGAUAAAGUCCUUGCCAUCCCUUUUGCCCACUAUGGGUCAGGGCCAAAAGCAGGGAAUUCUGGGUUCCAAGCCUCAACCCUUGUUACUGCAGACAUCUUUAAUACCACCAUUAUUACCAAAUAUUCAGCAGGCUCAUCAGAAACCUGGACUCCUUCAAACACCCAGCCACCUUCUUCCACAUAUCCAGCACCCACGAUCAAACUUGUUUGACGCAAGGACAGGAAGCAGAAAAAGGCGAGGUGAAGGAGGAAGAGAAAUGGGUCGGUGGGACGAUUUACCGGGUAAGGGAGCAGAUAUUACUGAUCAAAAAAAAGCGGAGAUGGCAGGGAGGUCUAGAGCUUAAAAUUGCCAACAGGCAUGCGCUCCGUUAUUCACCUCUUUUUUCUCGUUUUUCAAGAGAAAGUGGCAUGUGUGACACAAUUGAACUACUGCGUCGCUACCCGAAAAUCAUGGUUCCUGGCCAUUUUUUUUGACUUGAGAAUAUGCUGGGUAGAAACACUUCCCAUGGGGAGACCCUUGACACUACGUUACCCUAGUCGGUUCCACAUUGCCGAGUCCAAGGUUGAUAGUUCCCUUGAAGAUGUCAACUCGUGUGAUUCUGAAAUUGUUUAUAAUGCAAAGGUAUUACUAUUAUCCAACCCUGGGUUAGAAGAGUUGUAUAAGAAGUGUUGCUUAUCAUCUGAAGAUCAGAAGGACUCCUCUUGUAAACCUGUUCACCCUAGCUCUCUGGUUAAGUUUUUAGUAGGUAUGAAAGAACAGGAAGUACUAAUACUAGGGGGACCCUGGAUUUCAUCUUUGGAUGGUCCUGAUCCAGAUAAAGACCCGUUAGUCUUGAUCCAAACAGCUAUCCGCUGUACCAGAGCACAGGCAGGAUUGGACUUGAGUACCUGCUCUCAGUGGUUCCGCUUUGCUGAAGUGCGGUACUUGCGUGAUGAGUGGGUAGAGACAACAGUGUUCCUUAUUCCUGAUGUGUGGCACUGCAUGCCCUCCUUACCAGAGUGGGAAACUAUAAAAAAACAAUCACAAAGUAACUGUAGAUGACAAUGACACUACUGAAAAUGAGCAGGACAAGGGCAAAGGGGAGUCUGCCCCAAAACCAGAAUGUCAGGAUAGCUUGCCAGAUGAGCCCUCCAUUAUUUCAAGUCCACAGCAGACAGCUGCAGGAGACAAGUUUACCUGUGCAACUCUUUCUUUAAACACCUUAUUAGAAUGUCAGCAAG